AUGGGGGGUCAAGUCCAGCCUAUUCAUUAUGAUCCAGCUACGGUCAAACAAUUGACAAAAGAAAUCGCUAUUGCAUCUGUGAUCGGAGCAGCUCAAGGUGCUGCGAUAAGUGUUGUCAGUGGUCUUUUACUGCGUAGAUUUUCCACAGUUUAUCGUAAUGUUAGGACGCAGGUCCGUGUGUUUUACCAUUGCAGUUGGAUCUCGAUGGGUGCGGUAUUUCAAGCCGAUAAGCAACUACUAAAAUUUCAAGCAAAUUAUUACGAGAAGGAACUUCAAAGGCGAAGUAGAAUUCUGGAUGAAGCUGCGGAAAGAGGAAUUUUCUUGGAAGAAGAGGCUGCACUUUCAAGUACCGUUCCUCAACCGCCAAGUGCUUCUAAAUGA